AUGGCGGCAACGGUUUUGAAGAUGGAGAGCAAGCAGCAUGGCUAUAAUUUGCGGCCGAGGCCAAGGUUACAGAAAUUGGUCAAUGAUGAUCGACAUUUCGAUCCGUUGCCUCACGUUGAACAGGAAUCUGCCGAUGAGGUGAGACAUUUCUCUCCGGUGCCUCACGGUGAGAGCGGAGAUGAUUCGAUUACAUCAAUCCCAUUUCAGGUUUUGAGCUGGAAACCACGUGCAGUGUACUUUCCUGAUUUUGCAACUGCAGAACAAUGCCAAAGCAUAAUUAAAAUGGCAAAGAACCGCCUUACACCAUCGGCCGUGGUAUUACGUGAGGGACAAAUAGUAGAAACUAACCAGGGAAUCAGGACAAGCUCUGGCAUGUUUAUAAGGGCAUCUGAAGACAAAAGUGGGAUUUUAAAUGUCAUCGAGGAGAAAAUUGCAAGGGCCACAAUGAUUCCCAGAAGCCAUGGAGAGGAAUUCAUUGUCUUGAGCUACGAGGUUGGGCAGAAGUUUAGCUGUCAUUAUGAUACAUUCAGUCCUGUUGACAAACAACAAAGCCAAAGGAUUGCUUCUUUCUUGUUAUAUUUAUCUGAUGUUGAAGAAGGUGGAGAAACAAUGUUCCCUUAUAAGAAUGGAUUUCACAUGUAUGGAAACUACGAUUUUCACAAGUGUAUUGGUAUGAAAGUGAAGCCGCGCCAAGGGGAUGGGCUUCUUUUCUAUUCACUGUUUCCAAAUGGUACAAUUGAUCGGAUGUCACUGCACGGGAGCUGUCCGGUAAUCAAAGGGGAGAAAUGGGUAGCCACAAAGUGGAUCAGGGAUCACAGACGAGGGAGACGAUGGAUCAAAAACUGAAAUGAUUAGAUGUUUGUACCCAAAUCAAUACAUUCUUCAUUUCUUUGAUCCGUAGACAUCUUUUUUCUUUUUCUUUUUUUAAUUUGAGUUUCAAAGGAACUUUGUUGUGGAAUUGCUGCAAUAUCUGCCAAUUUUCCCGACAAAAUGUAGCCGUAAGAUGCAAUUGAUCUGGGCUGCUGUGGGCAGAUGCUGCACUAAUCAUGCCUUGGAAAUACCUUCUUUUCAAGAAAGGGAAAAAAAUGGUGUACUAGGUGAACUCUUUCGAGAAAUGAUGGCAGAAUGCCAAUAUCAUUCUGUCCAGCAACAUUAAACUGUUUAUCAAAACUAGAUGAUUUUUGACAAAAUGUCUCGAUA